AUGAAUGGUAGAUGGAUAGUACAGGUAAUCAAAGCGAUUAAGCUGCAGCAAACAGAUGAAAUUUCAAUAAGCCUGCCAAGGCCAUACAUAUUUCCUCGUUGCUUUGAUUACUUGAAAAUAAUCUGGACUAAUUUAUCAUGCCCAGUUCAAGAUUUCGAAUUUAAGAUGCGUAUUUUUGCUGUUCCGGAAGAUUCAAAUUUCGAGCAGUCAUACUAUAUGGAAGAAUACGAUAUUGAGUUAUCGCAUCAAGCACUUGAACUGCCAUGUUAUCAGUUCGAUAUCAUCUAUGCGCAAUUCUGCUUCCAAAUUGUAUCAGUGCAGAAGUUUACCGCACGCUUUAAUGAAUGGGCACGGCGAUGCGUCUACACUGAAAAUUUGGGACAGAUCGAGGGCGGGUGGAGAGACUGGUCCUCAUGGAGCGUCUGCUCAGUGAGUUGCGGACAUGGACUGCGACGACGAUGGCGCCUGUGCGAUUCACCUGUCCCUCAAAACGGCGGAAAUUUGUGUGGAGGCAGUUUUGUCGAGUCUUUGGAUUGCGAUGCCGUCCCGGCCACUACUACGAGUGACACAUUAUGCUCGUGUGGAUGUCUGCUCAGUCAUAAUGCUGGAAGAUUUUUUGCUCGGACAUGUAAGGAAAUCACUGAUUGGACACUGAAAUCUCAUGGAAGAUUUCUGCAUCUGAAAUUAAAAUACGAUUCUACGAUAGCCAAUGAAUUUAGACUUGCAAUUUAUCGCGAUUUAAAAAAACAGGAAUUAGUUUACGAUUCCGAAAUAAACAGCCAUAUUCUUAAAAGCAGUUUACAGUUCAUUUCCGAAGAUUACUUCGUCAUUUCACUUCUGAAAGUGAACAGCUCAUUAAACAUCAACUCGGGAGUGGAAAUAAAUUUUGAAUGGAGGAAUGCAAGCGAUGAGCUGAUGUUAUCAUCAAUUAUAACACUGAAAUUUUCAAAUGUCUGCUUGUUUUGCUAUCGCAGUUUGCCAUUCCUCCUUUCAACUUUAUUCAUUAUUUUAAUUAUAUCUCUUCCACCACUUCUGUGUUCCUAUGCCACUAUAUCGGUUAUUCGGACAGCAAAAUGGAAGCGAGAUCGACAGUUGAGAAUUGGUAAUUUAUUGCAGGAGCCUAGACCUAAUAUGAGCAUGAUACAAUCUGGACAAACAGACACAACCGAAAUUAGAUCAAGCAGAACCGUUAUCACAAAACGUUCUAUCGGUAUACAGCUUUCAGCAUCAUCGACUCCACGUUUUCUCCGUGAUAAAGGAAUAUUAUGGUCCCGUGCAACAAAUUCACCACAGAUGACCCCACGUAACGAUGAGCAUUCAUCACUAUCAUUCAAUACUGAUCACGAUUUGGAAUAUGAUUACUACGAACCAGCCGUGCCAGGUUCAUUCCUUACGCCGGCUAUCAACUUUUACUCUGAUAUUGAUAUUGAACAGAUCGUAGGUAGUUCGGAGCUUUCGUGCAAUCUAAUAUCUAAGCACGAUGCUCAUACACAAAUUGAUGGUAAUACGUGGUAG